CAGCCCAGCAUAAUAUAAGAGGCUCCAGUCCACCUACUUACGUUCCACUUGCUGAUUGGCCUUACGCAGAUAUCCAGCGUUUAUUUAUUGCCACAAACUACAGACUCGCCACAUUUAUCGGAGCAGCUCUCUCUGCACUCGGCACUCGGGCACCUUCUACAAACAACAGGUGUAGCUGUGAAAAUGAGGAGACGCUUUUUACUCGUGUUUCUGCUCCUCGUUGUCAAACUUCGAUGCAGUCAAUCCAGAUGCGAGGAUCCCGAGUCGCGCGAGUUAACUUCACUUCGGGAAAGUCUGGGUUUGAAUAUCCCCAAACGGAACCCGAUGAGGAGGUUCGGCGAUUUGGAUUAUGACAGUUUUGUGGGAUUGAUGGGCAGAAGAGACGCUGACGAUGCAAACGUUGUGCAACAACCACAAAAAAGGGAAAUGCAUGACAUCUUUGUUGGUUUAAUGGGAAGAAGAAAUUCUGAGACCGACAGUGGUCCCUGGAGGAGAGCAGAUCCUGAGAGGAGAGGAAUCUUUGUCAACAAAUGUAGGCUGAGGUUUCUUCAGGGGCUGUAAUAGAAGACACAAAAAAAAACAUCCACACAAUGAAGGAGUCGCCUGAUGGAGACGACUGAGGAAUUGCAUUCCAAACC